UCUGACAGAGGGCGGGAGUUAGCGACGGCGGAGAGCCAAUCAGAUGCUUCUCCUUCUGAGACGAGGAAGUUGAAAUUAAAGGUGUACCCCCAGCGCCAAAACUAGCAGGUGUGUGUUUAACGUGGUCAUAAGUGAACACCUGGGAUCAUAAAGUCACAUUUGACGCCAUCAUGACAUCGACACAACUGUGAGGCAGAGAUUGUGUUGACGACUACGGUCUCAGGCCCGAAGAGUGAAAGCUCCCCUGAGGUUGAACAACAAUCCGAGCCAGGGAAGAAAGGCGGAGGAAGUGCAGACCGUGUGAUGACCCGAGUAGAAAAACAAGACCAAAACGGCAGCGAGACAAAUGGACCGCUGGACAAAGGCUCCUCAGGCAGUGUUCCUCUGCAGCUGGAAGGAGUGGUGGGCCUGGAGAUCCACGCCCAGAUUCACUCCAACACCAAGUUGUUCUCCGGCUCUGGGGUCCAUUUCAUGUCUCCUCCAAACUCCCUGGUGUCAUUCUUGGACGCCUCCUUACCCGGCACGUUACCUGUGUUGAACAGGCGAUGCGUUGAGGCAGCGGUGAUGACGGGGCUCGCCCUCAACUGCAGCAUAAACAGGAAGUCCCUUUUUGACAGGAAACACUACUUUUAUGCUGAUCUCCCCGCAGGAUACCAGAUCACGCAGCAGCGGCGGCCCAUCGCGGUGGACGGCAUGCUGACCUACAGCCUCAUGGGCGGUAAAAAAAAGAACCAGGUGCUGAGGAGAAACGUCCGCGUCAAGCAGAUUCAGCUGGAGCAGGACAGCGGCAAGAGUCUCCACGACGACGUCCGCGGACAGACGCUCAUAGACCUCAACAGAGCUGGUGUGGGACUGAUGGAGCUGGUGAUGGAGCCUGACAUGAAGUGCGGCGAGGAGGCAGCGGCGGCCGUCAGGGAGCUUCAACUCAUCCUGCAAGCCCUCGGCACCUGUCAGGCCAACAUGUCUGAGGGCCAGCUGAGGGUGGACGCCAACGUGUCGGUUCACAGACCAGGCGAGCCUCUCGGUGUCAGGACUGAAGUGAAGAACAUCAACAGCGUUCGAUUCCUGUCCAAAGCCAUCGACUACGAGAUCCAUAGACAGAUCGACGUCCUGCGGAGGGGAGAGAGCGUGCAGAACGAGACCCGCGCUUACGACUCCAAAUCCGGGACUACCAUGCCCAUGAGGGACAAGGAGGGUCUUCAGGACUACAGGUUCAUGCCAGAGCCCAACCUGCCCCCUCUGAUGGUGUACGAGGAUGACGCCUCGUGCCCACCGGCGGCCGACCAGGCGGUGGUCAUACAGAAUUUAAGGGCGGGGCUUCCAGAGCUGCCCAGCAAGAAGCGAGACAGGCUGGUCCAAACUCUCGGCAUCCUGCCCGAGCACAGCUUCACCCUGCUGAACGAGGAAGGCCUGGUGGAGUACUUUGAGUCCGUGCUGAAGGCCACCAGGAGGGAGCCCAGGAAGGAUGGCUGGGUGACCAACGAGCUGCUGGCCCUCCUUAAACAAGGAGAACUGAAUGUGAGCCAAAGCUUAUUUGAUUGCAUUUCAGCCCCGUUUCCCCCGUCCGCCUUGGCCGAGCUGCUGGAGCUCCAGGAAAGGGGAAGCAUCUCGUCCUCCGUGGCCAAGCAGGUGUUCCAGGAGAUGUGGAGGUCGUCGGGCGAAAAAACGCCGGCACGGAUCAUCCGGGAACAGGACCUGGGCCUCGUUAGCGACGUCACGCAGCUGCACGACAUCUGCCAGAAGGUUCUGGACACGCAUCCCGACAAGGUCCGUGCCAUCAAAUCGGGGAACCAGAAAGUUCUGAACAAGCUCAUGGGACUGAUUCAGAAGGAGACCAAAGGCCGAGCCGACCCGGUUCUAGUGCGGGAGAUUCUACAGGAGAAGAUUUUGUCGUUCAAGGACACCUCGACAGACUAGCAUCGCCACAUUUCAAUCUGUCUAGAUCAACUACAGUAAGUAGGGAUGGCUACCGAAUUCGGUGCCUGUUUUUUGGCACCGGCCAAAAUCGGUGCCAAUGUUACAAGACCCGGGUUGCGUGUGGACCAUCACUCCAGCAGCACUGAGAGCGGACUCAGCCCAAUGACCUCUACUGGAGGUAUGUUGCAACUUCCAAUGCCAUCAUAGAAAUUGACUCUCAAAAACGCCUCAUCCCAAGUAAAGUAAGGCUUCACUUUUCCAAAAAUGCGCUAGGUUGGUGCUAAUAAACUUGGGCUUUGCUUUCGGCAUGUUACAUCAGUCCUUCUCAAAUAGUGGGGC